UUCCCACACCUGACGGUGGCUCGCUGGUGUGCAUGCUCCAUAGAGGGUGACUCCGUUUGCCGCGGAGUCUGGAGGGAGCAGGCAUGGCAGCGAUGUCCGCCGGCGUGACCCCUCCGAAUCCGAGUGGCCCGCGGCCGAGCUCCGAAGCCAUGAACUCCGUGACGGCUUCGGGACCACGUCCGAGUGCAGGGAAGAAGUGGAGUGAGGUGUGCGAGCAAGUGCAAAAGCCGGAUGGCUCCGUGAGGACCUCACCGCCCUUCAAAAGCGCAGCCACUUCGGUGGGCGCAAGCCCGCCACGGCUGCGCCAUCCCACAGGCUGGUGUCGGCGCCCGAGUCGGGGGCGAACCGGCCUCUACGGAGGCAUUCCUGUGAAGGAUCCUUCACGAGGAGGUUCUUCUCGUGGUGCGUCCUCAGGAAAGUCCUCUCGUUCCUCAUCCCGGGAUAUUGCACGGGAUGGUGAUAUUUCUUCCCGGUGUUCAUCUGGAUGUUGGGAGACCUCGACCAACUCCUCGGAGCCGGUCACCGACGUCAUCCCGUCUCCGAUGGAGUCCAAAGGUUUGCUAAUGCCCGAUCCCAUCCGGACGGGCAUCAUCCCGCCAGCGCUACUAGCCGACGAGCCUGCUCCAGAUACGAGAGUAGAACAUGCAGAGCAAUCGUGUGCAUACAAGGCAGCGGAUUGCGAGACCACAGAGUCGACGGUUGAUACAAGAGGUGUCGACGUGUCUGUUGGCAUGCCCCUGAGAUGGGACCCAUUUGGUCGAGAUGGCGUGCGGCGGCAAGAAGUCAAGAGCGAGUGGACGCCAGACUCCCUGGCCAAGUACCUGAAGGGAGUUGCAGUGCAAAUUGACAACAACCUCACUCACGGUCGCUUGCCUACGGUUGAGCGGCUGGAUGCCUUCGUCUCGCGGCUGGUGCUGAAUUCGCAGCGGCAGCUUAAACAUGCGCCGAAGAAGGUCCGGCACCGGCUGCAAGCGACUUUUGCGCUUCGCUUCCAGACGUUCUGGAACUUCUCCCGGAAUGAGAAGGUCCGGAACAUCUCUCCCGAAGAGCUCAAGGGGAUCCUGACGGCUUUGGUUGAGAACCUGUCCAGCCAUCACGACUUGACCCCUGCGGAGCCCCACACCUUGGCACAGCCGAAACCUCUGCGGUACUAUUCCUACGGCCAGUUACGACCAGCUGUGGAUGCUGCAGCGUAGAGGCUUCGCCAAGUUUGCUAAAGACGCCGCACUGAUUCCUCGCCGUGCUGGGAUGGCAGGGUCGAUUGGGGUCUCAUACGAUCAUAGAAGGGAGC